AUGUUCGGGAAACCUACUGCUGACGGAGGAGACAUUCACACUGCCACAGAUGGCAACUUCCACCACUGCCAUCGGCGUGCGGCAGGGGAUUGCCCCCGCUUUUACGACCCCACUUAUUUCAUUCCAAAGCAGUUUGUUGAUGAUGUCGGCUGCCGCAUAGAGGCUCAACGUAAGAGGCCUGCCAAGUCGGCUGUACCCCUCGUUCCUGAUGAGGCUAUCGACCAAUGUGAAACUGCAUAUGAAGCAGCCGAUGGGAAAAAACAGAAGGCGGCAAUGGAUAGCUUUGAUGAUACUGGCAUCAUGGCACUCAUACAGUGGCUCAAAAAACUGUCCGCAUGUUUUGACAUUUUUCACUAUCUAUGA